AUGAGUACUUCAUUUACAGAAGUGACAUCCAAUUUCGGAAUACCAACUCCACCACCGGCUUUCGAUAAUUUAGACGAGAAGAAUCCAUUCUUUUCGUCUUCGUCAAACGGGACUGGAGUCUAUUCCCCUGACCCCACAAGCCCAAUUAUUACCAACACCACCAUCAAUAAUUCAUCGUCCAUUUCUACAAACAACAUGAAUAGACAGAAUAACGUGUCAUCACGUAAAUCCAGGUCUCGUUAUGUUAUAGCUGAUGAUUCAAUGCUAUCAACAAUUAUUCCGAUGGUUAUGAAGGAACAUAAUAUUGAAUCAACAGAUUCAUAUGAUAAUGAUUCAUUAUUAUCUUAUUCAUCACCUGAUCAAGAUGAAAAUCAAAUUGAUCCUGGAAUGAUAUUUCGAUUUCCAGUUGUUUUCUUUGAUGAUAAAUCUGUUUUACAAAAUACUCCAACAGUUAUCCUAACAGGUGAUUCGCUUCAUAGUCAGAAUACUAGCGAUGAUAAUAAGGAUGGUAAUACUCGAUCAACAGUUUCUGAUUACGAUCCGACAAAGACGAUUUCUACUCCAUCAGCAACGAUUAUUCAUCGACCUUUGUUAUUAUCUGAUGUUGUGCGCUCAAUGAGUCUAGCGAGGAGACCAAGAUAUAGACCAAGGCCUGUCACUCGAAAGAAUAAAAAGGAAGAUGAAUCAAUUACUGGAUUGGAUUUACUUUUUGAUGCUGCUGCUCUUUCUACAAAUCAAUCCUGUGUCACUUCUACGAAUAGUACUAUUAAUUCAUCAUCUUAUAAAAAUACUCCAUCUUCAACUGAACGUUUUAACAACAACACAACAAUAAAUCAUUUAUUUUAUUAUAUCUCCGGCAAACGACGUGCAUCAAUGUCACUUUCAUCUAUAUCAUCGAUGCCCAAUUCAGAUUUAAGUGAUCUUGAUGACGUUAAUAUUGAUAAUUACGGGGAUGAUGAAGGUGAUCCAGAAUUUUUGCCGAAUCCUAAAAAACUUAAACUUGGAACUGGUUCUGGUCUUGGAAUUACAGCUUCGUCAACUCCAGUCUCCUCAUUUAACAACAAUAAACAUAUCGCCAAAACAAACAAUAACUCGCUAGCAAUGAAUAAUUCUACGACUACUACGACUGCCACCACGAGGGAGCGUAAAGAGGCAAAUCAUAGAACAAAAAUUUGUGCUAGCUGUAGGACUAAAAGCACGCCCUGUUGGAGACCUGGUUGGCGACCGAAUCUUUUCUUAUGUAAUAGUUGUGGAUUGAGGUACAAAAAGACAAAAUGCGUGUGUCCAAAUCUAGAAUGUCGAUAUAUUCCGUUGAAAUCGGAAUUUAACGCAAUGUUUAAAAAACAAAAGAGUGGCGACGUACCAGAAGCGAAAAGAUGCUGUAAAUGUCAAACUUACAUUGCGACCAACGGAAAUUGGCGAAUUUGA